CCACCAACCAGUGGUUCAUCCCGGCCGUGCGGGGGGACAUCCCCCCGGGCUGUGCCGCCUACGGCUUCGUGUGUGACGGCACGCGGCUGCUGGUGUUCGGGGGCAUGGUGGAGUACGGCAAGUACAGCAACGACCUCUACGAGCUGCAGGCCUCCAGGUGGGAGUGGAAGCGGCUGAAGGCGAAGACCCCCAAAAAUGGACCCCCCCCUUGCCCCCGGCUGGGCCACAGCUUCUCCCUGGUGGGCAACAAGUGUUACCUGUUCGGGGGGCUGGCCAACGACAGCGAGGACCCCAAAAACAACAUCCCCCGGUACCUGAACGACCUGUACGUGCUGGAGCUGCGCCCGGGCUCGGGGGUGCUGGCCUGGGACAUCCCCAUCACCUACGGGGUGCUGCCCCCGCCCCGCGAGUCCCACACGGCCGUGGUGUACACGGAGCGCGACGGGCGGCGCUCGCGCCUCGUCAUCUACGGGGGCAUGAGCGGCUGCAGGCUGGGCGACCUGUGGACCCUGGACAUCGAGACGCUGACCUGGAACAAGCCGAGCCUGAGCGGGGUCGCUCCCCUCCCCCGCAGCCUCCACUCGGCCACCACCAUCGGCAACAAGAUGUACGUUUUUGGGGGGUGGGUGCCCCUGGUGAUGGAUGACGUGAAGGUGGCCACGCACGAGAAGGAGUGGAAGUGCACCAACACCCUGGCCUGCCUGAACCUGGACUCGAUGGCCUGGGAGCCCCUGGUGCUGGAGACCCUGGAGGACAACGUGCCGCGGGCGCGCGCCGGGCACUGCGCCGUGGCCAUCGCCACCCGCCUGUACAUCUGGAGCGGGCGCGACGGCUACCGCAAGGCCUGGAACAACCAGGUGUGCUGCAAGGACCUGUGGUACCUGGAGACAGAGCGGCCGCCCGCGCCGGGCCGCGUGCAGCUGGUGCGCGCCAACACCACGUCGCUGGAGGUGAGCUGGGGCGCCGUGCCCACGGCCGACUCGUACCUGCUGCAGCUGCAGAAGUACGAGCUGCCCGCCGCGCCCGCGCCGCCGCCCGUGCCCUCGGUGCCCGCCAACCCGCCCAAGAGCCCGUACAUUGGUGUCCCGGCGGUGCUGAAGGUGACCGGUCCCCCUGCGGCCACCGCGGGGCCGCCGCUGGUGACCGUGCGCUCGGCCGGGCCCGGCAAGGCCCCGGUAACGGUGACAUCGCUGCCCGCCGGCGUCAGGAUGGUGGUGCCCACCCAGAGCCCCCAGGGCACGGUGAUCGGCAGCAGCCCGCAGAUGAGCGGCAUGGCGGCGCUGGCGGCGGCGGCCGCGGCCACGCAGAAGAUCCCGCCGGCCUCGGCGCCCACCGUGCUCAGCGUCCCCGCGGGGGCCACCAUCGUCAAGACGGUGGCCGUCACCCCCGGGGCCACCACCCUGCCCGCCACCGUCAAGGUGGCCUCGUCACCUGUCAUGGUGAGCAACCCUGCCACGCGCAUGCUGAAGACGGCGGCCGCCCAGGUGGGCACGGCGGGCGCGUCCCCCGCGGCCACCAACGCGGCCACCCGGCCCAUCAUCACCGUGCACAAGUCGGGCACGGUGACGGUGGCCCAGCAGGCCCAGGUGGUCACCACCGUGGUCGGAGGGGUCACCAAGACCAUCACGCUGGUCAAGAGCCCCAUCUCCGUGCCGGGGGGCAGCGCCCUGAUCUCCAACCUGGGCAAGGUGAUGUCGGUGGUGCAGACGAAACCCGUGCAGAGCUCGGCUGUCACCGGGCAGGCCUCGAGCGGCCCCGUCACCCAGAUCAUCCAGACCAAGGGCCCCCUGCCCGCCGGGACCAUCCUGAAGCUGGUGACGUCGGGGGAGGGGAAGCCCACCACCAUCCUGACCAGCACGCAGGCGGGGGCGGGGGCGGCCAAGCCCCCCACCAUCCUGGGCAUCAGCAGCGUGUCCCCCAGCACCACCAAGCCCGGGACCACCACCAUCAUCAAAACCAUCCCCAUGUCGGCCAUCAUCACCCAGUCGGGGGCUACCGGUGUCACCAGCAGCCCCGGGAUCAAGUCCCCCAUCACCAUCAUCACCACCAAGGUGAUGACCUCGGGCACCGGGACCCCCGCCAAGAUCAUCACAGCUGUCCCCAAGCUGGGCGGGGGACACGGCCAGCAGGGUGUGACACAGGUGGUGCUGAAGGGGGCCCCGGGACAGCCGGGGACCAUCCUGAGGACGGUGCCCAUGGGGGGGGUCCGGCUGGUCACCCCCGUCACCGUCUCGGCCGUCAAGCCCACGGUGACCACCCUGGUGGUCAAGGGCACCACCGGUGUGACCACGCUGGGGACGGUGACAGGGACAGUGUCCACCAGCCUGGCCGGGGGCGCGGGUGGCCACAGCGCCACGGCCUCGCUGGCCACGCCCAUCACCACCCUGGGGACAAUCGCCACCCUGUCCAGCCAGGUCCUGAACCCCGCGGCCAUCACGGCCACCGCGGCCGGGGGCGGCCUGGGGACACCCACCAUCACCAUGCAGCCGGUGUCCCAGCCCACGCAGGUGACGCUGAUCACCACGCCCAGCGGCGUGGAGGCCCAGCCCGUGCACGACCUGCCCGUGUCCAUCCUGGCGUCCCCCACGGCCGAGGGUCCCCCCGCGGCCACCUCGGGGGGUGGCAGCCUGGCCGAGCCCCCCCCCGCCGAGGCCACCCCGGGCACGGUCACCCUGGUGUGCUCCAACCCCCCCUGCGAGACCCACGAGACCGGGACCACCAACACGGCCACCACCAGCCUGGUGGCCAACGUGGGCACGGGGGGGGCGCAGCUGCAGCUGCUCUGCGAGGACACGGGCGGGGGGACGGCGGUGGCAGUGCCCCCCCGGGCCUGCUCCAACCCCCCCUGCGAGACCCACGAGACGGGGACCACCAACACCCCCACGGCGGCGGGGACGGCGCGCCUGGGGACACCCGGGGGACCCCCCUGCCCCACGCAGCAGACGGCGGCCACGGGCACCACGAUGACGGCGCGGCUGUGCCCCCCCGAAGGCGGCGGUGUCACCUCUGUCACCUCGUGCCAAACGCAGGAGGCCGCCCCGUGCCAAACGCCCUGGGGACAGCCUGAGGUGGGGACGGCCACCAGCGCGAGCUGUGAGACCCCCGCGGGGACACGGCUGUGUGCCAACCCCCCCUGCGAGACCCACGAGACGGGGACAACCAACACGGUGACAGUGACAGGGGCACAGUUGUGCUCCAACCCCCCCUGCGAGACCCAUGAGACGGGGACAACCAACACGGUGACAGUGACAGGGGCACAGCUCUGCUCCAACCCUCCUUGUGAGACCCACGAGACGGGGACAACCAACACGGUGACAGUGACAGGGUCACAGUUGUGCUCCAACCCCCCCUGUGAGACGCACGAGACGGGGACAACCAACACGGUGACAACCACGGGGACACGGCUGUGUGCCAACCCUCCUUGUGAAACCCACGAGACGGGGACAACCAACACGGUGACAACGACAGCGCCAAGGCCACCCUGCUCCAACCCUCCCUGUGAGACCCACGAGACAGGGACAACCAACACGGUGACAACCACGGGGACACGGUUCUGCUCCAACCCCCCAUGCGAGACCCACGAGACGGGGACAACCAGCACGGCCACCACCACCACGGCCACCUCGUGCCCUCCGCCCGAGCCGGGGACAGCGGUGCCACCACCUCGAGGUGUCCCCCCCUGCGCCAACCCCCCCUGCGAGACGCACGAGACGGGCACGACCAACACGGUGACAGUGACAUCGUCACAGCUCUGCUCCAACCCCCCCUGCGAGACCCACGAGACCGGGACCACCAACACGGCCACCACGGCCACCGCGGGCUCCCGGCCGGGUGACACUACCACCACGGCCACCAGCGCCGCCACCAGCGCCGCCACCUCCAGCACGGGGGGGUCCCCGCCUUGUGCCAACCCCCCCUGCGAGACCCCCGAGAGCGGGGCCACCAGCACGGCCACCACAGCGGGGUCCCCGCCCUGCCAGAGCCACCCGGGCGGGGCCACCAGCCCGGCCACCAGCGAGGGGGUGACAGCGCCGCCCCCGCCCUGUGCCACCGCCACCAGCCCCCCCCGCGCCUGCUCCAACCCCCCCUGCGAGACCCACGAGACGGGGACAACGGCCACGGCCACCACGGUCACCGCCAGCAUGGGCGCCAGCCAAGAGCCCCCCCCGCCGGCUGCCAACGGGCAGGGGGAGGGCGAGACCCCCCCCAGCGAGGGCGGGGGUCCCCCUGUGCCCCCCGGGACCCCCAGCCCCGGCCCCAGCGGCAGCGGGACCCCCCAGCCCCGGGCGGUCACCACGGUCACUCAGUCCACGCCAGCGCCGGGGCCGGCCGUGCCGGCACCUCGGAGCCGCUGGAGCCGGGCGAGCCCGGGGGGGGCCCCUCGGAGCUGGGGGGGCCCCUGGAGGGGGCGGGGGAUCAAGGGCACCACCAUGAUGGUCACCCACUACUUCCUGCCGCCCGACGACGCGCCGCCCGCCGACGACGACGCCUCGGGGGUCCCGGACCACUCUCAGCUGCGCCGCCAGGAGCUGCAGCCGGGCACGGCGUACAAGUUCCGCGUGGCCGGGCUCAACGCCUGCGGCCGCGGGCCCUUCUCGGAGCUGUCAGCCUUCAAAACCUGCCUGCCCGGCUUCCCGGGGGCGCCCUGCGCCAUCAAGAUCAGCAAGAGCCCCGACGGGGCACACCUGACGUGGGAGCCGCCGUCGGUGACGUCGGGCCGCAUCGCCGAGUACUCGGUGUACCUGGCCAUCCAGGGGGGGCCCGGGGGGGGCCCCGAGGCCCGCGGGGGGGGGGCGCAGCUGGCCUUCAUGAGGGUCUACUGCGGGCCCAGCCCCUCGUGCCUGGUGCCGGCCUCCAGCCUGGCCAGCGCCCACAUCGACCACACCACCAAGCCGGCCAUCAUCUUCCGCAUCGCCGCGCGCAACGACAAGGGCUACGGCCCCGCCACGCAGGUGCGGUGGCUGCAAGGUGGGUCUGGGGGCUCUGAAAUGAGUCUGGGGGCUGCAGAGCCCUGGGGGUCCCUGUGGCACUGGGAUUGUCCCCUGCAGUGACAAGGGCUACGGCCC